GUUCUUUUCUGAUUGUGUAGAUGGCGCUGGUUUCGAAGAAAAGUCCAUUGGGAUUAACCAAUGUGAUCACAUUGAGAUCACAACAAUUAUGAUUCCCGCUUUGAGAUCUUUGUUUGUUUGGGUAAUUUAAUUGAUCAUUAAUCGAAAAUGGAAUCACUAUUCGUCGAGAAAUAUAAACCUCUUUGUUCAGAAAAAGUAAUUGGUCAACAUGGUCCUAAAAGUAAUGUUAAAAAGUUAACCCAUUGGUUACAAUAUUGGAAAUCCAAUUAUGGAAAGAAACCUGGUUUCGGUAAAUGGGCUUCGGACGAUGGUGCUGGGUUUAAGGCCGCUCUACUCUCUGGACCUCCAGGUGUUGGUAAAACAACAUCAGCCACUUUAGUUUGUAAAGAACUUGGUUUCACCUACACUGAGUUAAAUGCUUCGGACACAAGGAGUAAAAAAUCUCUCACAGAAGUGGUUUCAAAUCUUCUAUCGAAUCGAACCUUUUCCGACAUUGGUUCUAAAGUCAGUUCCAAUCUCUCAUCUAAGCAUGUUUUAAUUAUGGAUGAAGUUGAUGGUAUGGCAGGUAACGAGGACCGUGGAGGUGUUGCUGAAUUAAUCAAAUUAAUUCAAAAGACACAUAUGCCCAUCAUAUGUAUUUGCAACGACAGAUCUCAUCCUAAAAUGAGAAGUCUUGUUAAUUAUUGUUUUGAUUUGCGGUUCACCAGGCCAAGAGUUGAACAAAUCAAGGCCCAUAUGUUGUCAGUUUGUUUCAAGGAAGGAAUCAAGAUAAGCGCUGAUGCUCUCAAUGAGCUUAUUAUUUCCUCUAAUCAAGAUAUUAGACAAGUUUUACAUUUCGUUUCAUUGUUGGCUACAGCUAAAAAAGGUGAAAAGGUUGAUUUUAAACAACAAAAAGUCAUCAAAGAUGUCAAAUUAGGACCAUUUGAUGCUUUGAAAAAAUUAUUUACUACUGAAGCUGGAAAACAAAUGAGCUUCAACGAUAGAUCUGAUCUUUUCUUUUCAGAUUAUUCGUUGAUGCCUUUAUUUGUUCAUGAAAAUUACCCUGUUGUCCAGCCCAAUGGUGUAUCAAGAAAUGAAUCAAGGAAGAAACUUGAGCUUGGAGCUAAAGCUAUUCAAUCAAUUGCAUUUUCCAAUUUAUUUGAAAAAGAAAUAAGAUCAACAAACAAUUGGUCAUUACUUCCCAUGCAAUCAGCUUUCUCCACUGUUCUCCCCAGUUAUUAUAUGAGAGGCCAUUUAAAUGGACAAAUUGAAUUUCCCAAAAUGCUCGGUAAAAUCUCUGCUGGUAACAAAAAGGAUAGACUCAUUCAAGAACUCAAAAUGCACAUGAGUUUACGUGUUAACAGCAACAAAACUACAAUAAAUUUAGAUUAUAUUCCUAUCUUACGAGAAAAGAUCUACAAACCCCUAAGAUUAGAGCAAACUAACGCAAUUCCUAAAAUUCUGGAUGUAAUGAACCACUAUUGUAUUCGAAAGGGAGAUCUUGAUUGCAUGUUGGAAUUUCUCUGGUCUAAUGAAAAGAACCCAACCAGUGAGAUUAGUCCCGCAACAAAAGCCGCUUUAACCAAACAAUGUAACGCAUCAUCGACCCUCUUACCCUAUCAAAGUGCGUUGGAUUUGAAGGGUAAAAAGCGAAAAGCAGCUCCAACUGAACUUGAAGAAGGAGAUGAGGAAGAAAGUGAAGAGGAAGAAGAGCCUGUGGAUGAAAAAAAGCUCACGAGUGGAAUUACCAAAGAUGGAAUCGAAAUAAAAACCAAAGAGAGUCCAAAAGCAAAAGGAGGAGCGAAAAAUGGUCCUGCCAAGAAAAGAAAAGUAGAGCCAAGUGAGAAGCCGACAAAAGGAGGUAAAGGUAAAGGUAAAGCAGCGGCAUCGAAAGCCGAAACCAACGGUCAAUCACCAACUCCCAAAGAAAAGACCAAUGGUAAAGCACCAGCAGGAACUACGAAUGGUCGAGGAAAAGCAGCUCCUAAAGAAAAGAAACCAGAAAUUAAACCAACUCCCGUUGCAAAAAUUCUAAUAAACGUCCCGCCUCAUCUGAUAACGAGAUCUCUCCUCAAGGAACCAAAAAAGAGGCUAAAAUCAGCGAUUGGUUCAAACGAACACCCAAAUGAACUCAAUCAACUUAUCGUUUAUUUUUAACUAAACAAAUUGAUACUUUUAAACAUUUCCCUCAUCUCACUCAGCUGAUGGCUUAAUCAACAAUUUACUCUUAAUCAAUUUUAUAUAACUGUUGUUCCAUAAAAAAAAGCUAAUAUCAAUCGUUUUGAAUGAGAUUGUUAUUAAUUAAAAUGAUUGCACAAAAUUAAAA